UAUUACCUGUCCUACGGAUGUGAACAGAUCACCUGAGGAGAUGAGAAAAGACUCAAAACUUAGUUUGAAAAUUAGCUGACUGAACAACAGAGGGAGUCCAAAAGGAUCCAGUCUCAUUCCCUAUGCAUCAUGAGGAAAACCAGUUCUUCCUUACAGAACAACGAGAGUGGUUCGAUUUCCAUAGAAAGAAGCUCUAGCAGGGGAAAUCUUCAAAUUAUGUUGGAUAAAGGUGAAUACGCUCCUUUCACAUCUACUCUUAUUUUAGAGAGCAAUUUUAUUCAGGUCAACAGGAGAGGAGAGUCCGUGUAUCUUCAUAACCGAGCCAACUGGGUGACUGUAGGCAUCUGUGCUUCCAGACCCAAUCUCAAUUUUCCCAACGUGAUGUUGCUAGCACAUCUGGUAUCUAACUCCAAGAAAGACAAUAAGCCAACAUCUGAUGAUUUCUUGAGCCCCACCUCUGAAGUUCAACUGGUGCUCAGCAGGGCUCUCCCCUUGCAGCUCGUGACUAUUUCUGUUCAUGACGCUCCGAAAAUGUGCCUCAAAGUAAAGUUGGUGAGUGGACGUGCCUACUAUCUUCAGCUCUGCGCCCCCUCCCAUAAACAAGAUGCUCUAUUCCAACAAUGGACUGAGCUCAUCUCUCUCUUGAAGUCUACUAUAAAAUCACAGAAGGCCACUACCUUUACAGGAGGCCAAAAAGUUUCAAAAAUCCAUGAGAGCACUGACAAAAUGACCACUGAGGAUGAUAUUCAAAUAAACAAUGAGAUAAAUGAGCAGUUUGUGUAUUUACAAGAUCCAGAAAGUGAUACUAUCCUUGAGAAUGAGCCAUCUAAUAAUGUCAUAAUCUCUGAAGUAGCUUUUGAAGAAAGUGAGAGUAAAUCAGAAGUGAAUAAUCAAACCAGCUUGAAACAGAGUGAAACUGUCAUACAAAAGGAGAUAAAUGAUCCCGACCCUGGUGAAAAGAAGACUGUUGUUACAGAGUCAGCCACUAAGGCAGAAGAGUUAAGGGAUUCCAGAAAUGAUUCAGUCGCUUCAGGCUUGUAUAGUUUUUCAGUUUUCCCUCUGGUUAGCCUUUCUUUUCCCUUCUCUACUUUCCUCUAAAUCAUUUCAUGUUCUCCUACAUUUUCUCAUAUUCACACUGUAUUGCUCCUACACCCCAACAAAAGAUAACAGUGAGUAAAAUGAAUUUUAACCUAUCAUUCUAUCAAAUUCAGAUUUACUUUAGCCUAAAAUAUGAAUCCUGAUGCUCAAAGAAGAAUCCAAAGUAUUAUCUGCUUCCUACUAUUAACAAAAAACACAACUAUCACUACUAAUCCAUAUCUGAGGCAUACUAAUUAUGUCCACCAGGAAAGUCGUUAGCCGGCUUAUCUCACAUCUUUUGGUUACUUGAGUUACAACUUCACUCUCAUGAGAGAACUGAAACCUACUUAUAAUACAAGUGGCACUUCACAUAUUUUAUUCUCAUAAGCAAGAAAUGAAGCAUAGUUCAGUAUGAUUAUCUUUCUAAAUCUCUCAUUCUCACUCUUUUGAUUUCCUAGCUUUCUGUUCUUUAUUCUCCCUUAUUUAUUCACAGUGAAUGUGAAGGGCAGAAUUAUCAGUUGUAAUUGAUAUUUCUCAACAAGAUGGAUUGAAAUGGAGCAGUCAACCAGAGAUACUUAAAAGAGGGGGGAAAUGCCUUACAAAUUCUGGCAACAUACCCCACUCUUUCUUCCCUCUUUACCUUUUUUAAAUAUUAAAAAAAUAAAAAUCUUGAAAU